CCAAGGAGUUCAUUUUUUAUUUACUUAUCUAUGAUUUUAUUUUUGACAGAUUGCAAGUACAGCUUAGCUUGAACUCUUAAGGAUUUAUAAAAACGUUCCAACCAAACAUGUUCGAUAGCCACCAUAUGCUUGAUAUGACUCCCAAAAGCUCUGAAAAUGACUUGAGCAAGCUCAAAGAUGAUGACUAUGAGACCAAAUCCGGCACCGAAACUAUGGAAGCUCCCUCCGGUGAUGAUCAGGAUCCCAGCGGCCAACGCCCCAAAAAGAAGCGUUAUCAUCGCCAUACGCAGCGUCAAAUCCAAGAAAUGGAAGCUUUCUUCCAGGAAUGCCCUCAUCCGGACGACAAGCAGCGGAAGGAGCUCAGCCGCGAGCUAGGGCUGGAACCAUUGCAAGUAAAAUUUUGGUUCCAAAACAAGCGUACUCAAAUGAAGGCGCAACAUGAACGCAGUGAGAAUUCAAUUCUCAAGGCUGAGAAUGAAAAGCUUCGUAUGGAGAACAAUAGGUACAAGGAUGCCCUAAGCAGUGCCUCAUGCCCUAACUGUGGUGGUCCAGCUGCUCUUGGUGAGAUGUCUUUUGAUGAGCAGCAUUUGAGGAUUGAGAAUGCUCGUCUUAGAGAAGAGAUUGACAGGAUAUCUGGAAUUGCCGCCAAGUAUGUUGGCAAGCCUUUGUCUUCUCUUUCCAACCUUUCUCAUCAUUUACCAUCCCGAUCUCUUGAUCUCGGAGUUAGCAAUUAUGGGGCACAUUCGGGCUUCGUAGGGGAGAUGUUUGGAGCUACUGCUCUCCUUGGAGCAGUUACUGGACCUACUGAGGCAGACAAACCAAUGAUAGUUGAAGUCGCGGUUGCGGCAAUGGAGGAACUAAUGAGAAUGGCUCAGGCUGGAGAACCCUUGUGGAUUCAAGGAGAGAACAAUACCGAGGUUCUCAAUGAAGAGGAAUAUUUGAGAACUUUCACUAGGGGAAUUGGACCAAGACCUUUAGGAAUGAGAUCUGAAGCUUCAAGGGAAUCCGCAGUUGUUAUCAUGAGUCAUGUUAAUCUUGUUGAAAUUCUCAUGGAUGCGAAUCAAUGGUCAACUAUUUUCUGUGGUAUUGUAUCAAGAGCAAUGACCCUGGAAGUCCUAUCAACAGGAGUGGCAGGGAACUAUAAUGGAGCAUUGCAAGUGAUGACAGCUGAGUUCCAGGUCCCUUCCCCACUUGUUCCUACUAGAGAAAAUUACUUUGUGAGGUACUGUAAACAGCAUACCGAUGGGACUUGGGCAGUGGUAGACGUUUCUUUGGACAGUUUAUGCCCUAGUCUGAUGUCUAAAUGUAGAAGAAGGUCAUCAGGUUGCUUGAUCCAAGAAUUGCCAAAUGGUUAUUCCAAGGUCGUUUGGGUUGAGCACACUGAAGUGGACGACAGGUCUGUUCACAAUAUAUACAGACCCCUGGUUAAUUCUGGUCUUGCUUUUGGAGCAAAGCGUUGGGUGGGAACAUUAGAUCGACAAUGCGAACGUCUUGCAAGUUCAAUGGCCAUUAACAUUCCAACUGGAGAUCUAUGUGUGAUAACAACCCCUGAAGGGAGGAAAAGUAUUCUGAAGCUGGCUGAGAGAAUGGUGAUGAGCUUUUGCACUGGAGUUGGUGCUUCUACUGCACAUACUUGGACAACAUUGUCUGCAACGGGUUCUGAUGAUGUGAGAGUAAUGACUCGAAAGAGUAUGGAUGAUCCAGGCAGGCCUCCAGGUAUUGUGCUCAGCGCAGCGACUUCCUUCUGGAUUCCUGUUCCAUCCAAGAAGGUGUUUGAUUUCCUUAAGGAUGAGAACCAUCGAAGUGAGUGGGAUAUCCUUUCAAAUGGUGGCCAGGUUCAAGAAAUGGCUCAUAUUGCUAAUGGACGUGAUCCCGGAAACUGUGUCUCAUUGCUCCGUGUCAAUAGUACAAAUUCAAGCCAGAGCAACAUGCUGAUCUUACAAGAGAGCUGCACUGAUUCUACAGGCUCAUAUGUGAUUUAUGCACCAGUGGACAUUUCGGCCAUGAAUAUAGUCCUAAGUGGUGGAGACCCAGAUUAUGUUGCUCUGCUUCCAUCAGGUUUUGCUAUUCUCCCUGAUGGACCAGGAUAUGGCCCUGCAGGAAUUCUUGAUGUCGGGUCUGGAGGCUCUCUGUUGACUGUUGCAUUUCAGAUACUAGUGGAUUCAGUCCCAUCAGUGAAACUUUCGCUUGGAUCAGUAGCAACUGUAAACAGUCUAAUUAAGUGCACAGUUGAAAGGAUUAAGGCUGCAGUAAUGUGUGACAAUCCUUGAAUAAAAGGCCUCACAUAAGAGGAAAAAGAGUUAGGAUGCAAGACAUGGAGCUAGGAAGAAAGAUUAAGUUUGCUUUUAAUCAUAUUUAAGUCAAGAACACACCUCCGAUCAUCCUUGCCUGGUGGUGUUUGUCAAGGCAGUUAGCUAGUAGUGAAAGGGCAUUUUCACCACCCUGCAAGGGUUAUAGGUUAGGUAGGGUAUUGACUUUGCCUGACAAAGAUGAAAGUGAACUCAGAACUUGGUAAAAAUGCUAGAAAAUCUCGCUUUCAUCUUUCGUUUUAUCUUUAGAGUUAAUUAUGGCUAGUAUUCCUGAAGGUGCAAGUUAUUUUGUAAUUGUCUAGAGAUCUGCUCCGGCUUUUGCAUAUCUGUUGUUGAGGAAACGUUAGAAGACUGUAGACUACUUGGCUUUCUCAUUAACAAACAUUAGUUUCACUUUGUGUUGAAUUUCUCAAUAACUUCUGAAUGAAUAGUCACUCUUUCUGUUUGAAA